UCGCAAUAAGAUAUAAUGAACCUCUACCAUUCCAGAUACACAACUCGAACAGCAACCACUGGGACAGAAAAGAACAUCCCCAGGAUGUACUUACAAUGUCUCCUUGUACUAUUAUGUGGAAUAGAUAUAUGCAUCAGCUGCGGCGAUGGAGGCGGAGGAGCAGCCACAAAUGAACCACCUUCCAUAAAAUGCCCAACUAUUAAAGGCAAUUGGGUUGCUGACAAAAGAAAGACGACAACUUCAGUACACUGGUCUACACCUACAGUCAGUGACCCCAAUGAUUCAAGCUUGACAGCUGUGCUGAAGAGUGGCAAGGGGUCAGGAUCCAAGUUUGGACGUGGAAGCCAUUCUGUUUCAUACACAGUGACGGACAGUGGAGGCCUAUCUGCUUACUGUAUGAUGAAUUUUUAUGUGGAGGUGAAAGAAUGCCGUCCACCUCAUCAUAUACGGAAUGGGGAUGUUAAUUGUGAUCUUUAUCCCUACGUCUAUGGUGCAACGUGUUCAUUCGGAUGUGAAGAGGGUUACAAAUUGGUUGGGGCAUCUCAAAUCGACUGCUUGGUAAGCGAGAAAUGGAGCUCUGACAUACCUAAGUGUCAAGCAACUGAAUGUACAGAACUAACACUACCAAAGCAUGGCAAGAGCUUCCGCUGUACCAAUGGGAAGAUUUUUAAGAGCAUUUGUUGGUUGACUUGUGAUGAGGAGAAUGGCUAUGCACCGGUCAGGGGACAAUGGACAAUGUGUACCAAAGACAAAACAUGGACAACAUAUGACAUGAUGUGUGAAGAUACCCAGCCACCACAAAUCAACAAUUGUCCUGCGACAACAAUCAUGAAGACGGCUGACCCAAAUGCUCCAACUACUCAUGUUAUUUGGCCAGACAUCACUGUGUCUGACAACUCGAAGGAAACUAUCCCUUUAAGAAGUUCAUCUGCAAUCAAAAAUGGUGGAUCGUUUUCUGUGGGAACACACAUAGUUAGUUUCACAGCAACAGACUCAUCUAACAACAAAGCCGAGCCAUGUUUCUUCCUCGUCAAAGUACAGUCUGUCACGUGUGAUCCUCCAAGGUUUGAUGAUGAGUACAUGGAUACGCCAGGCUGCCUCAACUUUCGUGAGGGGGCCUCAUGCAAACUGGAAUGUGACAUGGCUAUAAAAUUGGUAGGAGAGAAAUACAUCACUUGCAAGAAGGAGACAAACGAAAUGAGUGGUCAUUGGGUGUAUGGCACAUACGAUAACCCAAGUAGCAAUAACUCUUAUUGCAAAGUUCACAGCUGCCCAGAUCUACCUGCUCCAAACAAUGGGGCCAUGGCCUGUGACACUUGGACACGGGGUAGCCAAUGUCAGCUACAGUGUAAUGACGAAUAUGACAUUCCGGACUCUGUCUCCCUACAGAAGCUGUAUCUGUGUACACUUGAUACAGGCAUAUGGAGUAAUAGUAUUGUACCCAACUGUGCAUACCGUGAAGAAAGUGAAGGGUAUCGUAUGGAUGAAAUAUACUACUUCACUGGAAGAUGUGAUGUUAUGAAGGAGGAAAUCCGGAACAACUUCCUGAAUGCUAUGAAAACAAUAAAUGCUUGCUUAGAGAAAUAUUGUCAUAUUGACAAUGUCAAGAUCAAAUGUGGGGAUGAAGUUGAUGAUGACUUGUUGGACUUUCGCCGAAAACGUGCAACACGCAGUGGUAGAAGUCGUAGUCAGAGAAAAACAUCUAAUUACAUUUCUUUUAAAAUUGUACUCCGAUCUCAAGUGUUGUCAAAAUCUUUUUCUGAAAACAAGAGACUCUAUUCUUCAAAAUUGAAGUCCAUUGCAGUAAGAAUAGCAAAAUCAAGUUUUCAUGCUGGUGGGCGGCUUAUCAAGGCCUCAAAAGUUCGAGUGAGAGAUGUAAUUCCUGUUUGUAAACCAGGACAUAAAAUUGGGUUCUUCUACAAAGAUUCAUGUGUACCUUGUCCAAAGGGGUCCUACUACAAUUCUACCAGAGACGAGUGCAUGGCAUGCACCUAUGGACAAUAUCAAGAACUUCAGGGUCAAGUCACAUGUUCAAUGUGUCCAGAAGGACAGACCACCUUAACUCUUGCUAAUCAAGACAAAUCAUCUUGCAAAGUUAUGUGCGUGGCUGGCACGUACUCUAAGGAUGGUGUAGUUCCUUGUACUCAGUGCCCACGUGGUACCUAUCAAGAUCGCCAUAAUAUGGUGGAGUGUUUCAUAUGUCCCCCUGGCAAAACAACAUUGGAUGAAGGUGCUUCUUCAUCAUCACUCUGCAUUGCCUAUGAUAUCCUGUUUCAAGGACCUGUUACAAUUCCAGUAGAAGGCAGCGUUCAAUCCUCAAUUUGUGACUUUACAAUUUCUCUGUGGAUUAAAGUUGAAGACCCAGACUAUGGUGGUAUAAAAUUCCAGAUCUACAGUCCUAUAACAAAAACUGGGAUUGAAGUGUCCAUCUCUUCAGACAUCAAAGUGAUCCUGAGUAACAGAUAUGAACUAAUUGUGGAGGACAUCAUGGACGACACCUGGACUCAUGUUGCUGUGGUAUGGUCCAGACAGCGAAUCACUGUGUAUGUCAGAGGGAAGGCUGUGGCAGAAAGCCAUCAUGAAAGUGCACCCAGGUGUCCUUCGCCAACAACAUCAGUUAUGUCAAUAGCUAUCAGGGAUCAUGCAUACAUGUACAUUCGGGACCUCAAUUUCUGGCCUCUGGAUAAGGCUGAUGUCAUCAGGAGUCUCAGUACUUCCUGCGACUCUCGUCGCAAUGACACCAUCUUUUCUUCUGAACAGAUCAACAUGCAUGCUCUUGCCAGAGUGUAUAAAGUUGUUCCAAGCACCUGUCUCAAGCCUGAUGUUUGUGCUUCUGAUCCGUGUGGAGACAAUAUCUGCAUUCCAACCCGCAAAGGUUUCAAAUGUGUUUGCAGAGGAGGUUACACUGGGGAAAAAUGUGACGUGCCCCCAGAUUUGUGUAAAGACAAUAUUUGUAGAAAUAAUGCCACAUGCUUGUUAUCGGGAGGGGGAUAUCAAUGUGACUGUGCUCCAGGCUAUAGAGGAGAACUCUGUGAGGUGGAAAUAGCUGAUGGAGGGUGGAGUAAGUGGAUGGAAUGGAGUGCUUGCUCGGUAAGCUGUGGAAAUGGAACAAGGAGAAGACAUCGUUUCUGUACUAAUCCACCACCAGAUAGAAAUGGCAAGACGUGUCCUGGUGACAAACAACAGACAAUAUUUUGUCAGAGACAGACAUGCCCAGAAUGCAACACGGAUGAUCUAGUAGUUGGGAAAGGUAUAAUUAAAACUUGUGACAUACAGAAGACGUCGAUAACAUGUCAAGUCAAAUGCAAGCACGGCUUGGUGUUUCCCGAGAAGCCUUUUGUCUACACGUGUGGCCACGGUAUAUGGACACCAACAAGGCAAACUGUCUCAUGCACAGACCCGGUGACUCCACUCUCAGCUGGCAUCAACUACACUGUGGUAUUCGGCAACUCUGUCAUAAAACCUGGCCUCAUCAGCUCCAAGUUGCACUCUGUGGGAAGCAGUUUCAAUUGUGUCAGAAGUAAUCAUUGUUCCAUUCAAAUUGGGUCUUCUGUAUGCCAUGAGAGUAUUACAAACUGCAAUAAAGUUGAUGGUCAGCACUACGGUUCUCUCAUUGUCAGAAGAGAUGUACCACAAGGACAAAUAAAUGUAUCAAAGAUUCAGAAGAACAAGAAAGUGAUGACUUACUUAGAACCGCUGUUUGCAACAUGGAACGUUUUCACCCACACAAGUGAUGAACCAACAAUGAUUGAACAUAGAGCACUGGAAUUGUCUGUUGUCAACGACUCACUAAUAGUGAAUCCAUAUGAUCAUCCAUCAUUGGCAUUUGAAGUUCCAGGUCAGUUUGGCAACAUCCUGAGAACUUGGCACUUCCUGGAUGACACGAACUGGGAGGUGAGGCAUGAGAACUACACAGACUUCAACAUGAAACUGGACCAGCAAAACCCCUUACAACCCACCUUCAUGUCAGCUGUACAGAUCAUGACAUGCCCCACUGGUGCCAUCCAAGGCGGCGUGUUCUGUAUCAAGUGCCCUCCUGGAAAGAUGUUUGACACUCAACAAUGCAAGGCGUGUGAACAUGGGUUCUACCAGGACAAACCAGGAAUGUCAUUUUGCCACUCAUGUCCUGGAUUCAAGACUACGGAGCUCAAGGGAAGCCCCGAUGUCAAGCAGUGCACAGACACAAACACGUCAGAGUUAAAACUGCUGUUUGGUGUGGGUGACUCCGAGUUUGGAAUCCUUAACCUUCACAGCAUGACAAUAGGUACAGUGAGUGUGGAGAGGUACUUUGGAACUGUUGAUCUUCUCGUGUACAAUCAGAGGGAUCAGUUCGUUUACUUCACCACACAGAUCCCAACCACAAUCGGGAGAGUCAAGGUGGAUGGCGUUGGACAGGAAUUGCUCUUCAAAUUCCCCGAAGGGAUCGUGCUGACAGGCCUAGACAUAGACAUUGCCUCUGACCUCUUGUUCUACACAACUUCGUCGGGUAUACUCUCUACCCUUCACACCACAUCUGGUGCUGAACUGGUCCUGCUAUCUAACCUGACCAAACCACGAGGACUUCAAGUGAACCAAGACUUUGGUCUGUACUGGGUGGAGAAUGACAGGAUAAUGUCCCUGCAGUAUGGAAGUGAAAUAGCCUCCGCUGUUGUAAACGACACUCAUGCUGUAUGGAACCCUACCCUUCACAAGCAAGACAACAGAAUAAUGUGGCAAAGCUAUAAUAGACUGAGGACAGCAUACAUCAAUGGUUCGACUUCCCAGACUUUGGCUACUAACUUCACAUCCAGAUUUGGCUACACAGACAAAUAUUAUUUCUAUGUUGACAGCAAUGCAGUGCUGAUGCGAGUAAAUUCUGACCUGAGUGCAAGGGCAGCUGUAUAUGUGCUGCCAUUGUCUGUCACAAGGGUGCGACUGGUCAACACAACGGAUGAUCCAAGCCUUGUUAAUAUAUGCAGUGCAAAGAGAAAUGACUGUGGUCAAGGGUGUUACCCCAUCAAUCAAACCAAACGAAUUUGCUUCUGUGUAUCAGACUCCACACUUCAAAAGGACAAUAGGACCUGCAGACAAGACUUUUCUACGAGACUUGAAACAUCUGACGCCAAAUCUUGGAUGAAGCCAUCACCAUCAGACUUCUCUGUGCCGCCAAGCAUGACCUUGCGGCUAAAGGUGAAGUCAUGUCAUUCUGCACUCCUGGCACUGGCUGAGACAAACAGACGCUUGUAUCGCAUUGACAUUGGUCUCAAAAGAGGAAACGUCACAGAGAUGUCCAUCAAGAAAAUCUGGCCAAACAGACCUCCUGUCACCCUGGCUCACAGGGAGAUCAGUAUACUUGACUGUACUACUUUUAAACAUGUCUGGCUGCAAUGGGCUGACAAGACCCUGAGGGUGGGAAGUGGAACAAAAGUUGGAGAGCAGCAGAUCUUAGUAGCCAAAGACUCAUGGCCAUUCAAUGUGAAUUUUGUUAUGUUUCGGAGUGGCAUCAAUUCUACUGCCGAAUGGCAAUUUUAGGUUUGUGCCAAAAUUUCAAUGGACUGAAAAUCAUAUCAAAAUGCCAUACAAAAUGACCCAGUGGUAAGUAGAAUUGCACCACAUGUUUGCAGUGAAACUAAAAGUGAAACAUAAGUUUGUAGCCCACCAUGGAUUGGUUUUCUGUUGUGUGUCCUGUCGAUCUUGUGAGAUAUAGAUUAUGUUAAUGACCAGCAUAAGUUGCUAUUUUAAUCAUCACAAGGUCUCCCCAAAUUUGAAGUAAUAUCGUAAACCAAUUUGUUAUUUCCGAAAGCCUGAUGAUGCCAUUUUGGUAGCAUAUAUUUUUUUCAAAAAUUUCUUGUUAUUUCAAUUAUUUGUUGUUGUUUUUUAAAAAAACUUGAAAUUUCGAGAAAUAAUUGAAAUAAUGAGAAAAUAAUAAAAGGUAUAAGAAGAAACUUGAAAUUUUGAGUUUUUAGAUAAACUUGAAAUAACGAGAAUAUAUUCAUAGUAAAGAGAAAAUAUCUUUUUUUCGAGAAAAUAAUUGAAAUAACGAGUAAAUAAUCAAAGCAACAAGAACAAACUCAAAGUAACAAGAAAGAACUCGACAUUUCAAUUACAAAGAAUAAAUUAAUGCUAGCAAAGUGGCACCAUAAAGCUUUACUAGUUAUUAAAGUUGCUAGAAGCAAAGAACCUUCUUUUUCAAAAAGUUGCAUUGCAUUGGGUAUGUUUUUCCUUAAUCCCAAAAUGACAUCAUAAAACUUAAUGUGCUUAUAACUUCUUAGUAGGGUAGCUAGAGGCGUAGGACUGAAUUGUACUACGUUGGACAACUAUAGGGUUAAAAAAAAAGAAUACAGAUGGCUAUUGGUGAGGUCAUUUAAUAAGGGGCCGCAUACAUCUCAUUUCAACAAUGGAAGUUCAUGUACAAACCUGUUUUGGAGCUGGUCCAUUUUGACUGGCAUGUACACAUUAAUGAGUAGUAGAUGAAUGUUGACAAAUUGAGAGCUGGUGAUAAAUAAUAAUAUAUAUGGGGUUAAACAAUUCAAUCCAAGUUGAUGAAGGAUUUCUUGUUACAUUGAAUAUGUCCAAUAUAGAUCAGGUUUGUUUUUCUACAUUUUCCCUGACAAAGCAUUUACACCAAGAGCAUGUAUAAGUUUUUAUUACCAACCCUGAUAUUGAUAUUUAUAUAUAGUCAUCCCAACAUGGAUAUACUUGUGUAUACAAGGAAUACCAGUGUAUUGGAUUUAACAAUCAAUAUUUUCAAAGCCUCCACAUGCUCUCUGUAAUGUCAGCUGCUGUGUCACUGUCAACUUUGUGACUUGCUUGGGUAAACCACAAUAUCUCCAUUUAGCGUAUAAAAUCAAUGUUUGAUGGGUAUCAAUCAACACCCAUGGAGUCAUCAUUGAAAUUGUAUUAUAUUGAAUGCUAUUUGUACUUUUAAAUGAAUUUGUGAGGGAUAAUUGAGAACAAGAAAAAGAAAGGACAAACCCGGAUAAGAGAUAAAGAACUGAGGAAGAACACUCUGAGCUUGACGUGUUUAAUUCUCAUUCAAAUUUCAACAAUUUCACAAAUCUAAUUGUUUCUAAACAUAAUGCUUACUAUUUUUACUUCAGGUCAGAAUAUUCUAUAUGCAGCACUUGAUUGUUUAAAGGUCCUUGUGAUAUAGCUGGAAUCUUGCUGUUGCAUAAAACUGCAAACUUCUUUUGAUUCUAAUCCUGUCAUCUGACAGAUUUAGGACAAUGGCUUUAGUGCAUGGUGUGUUGAUUAACAUUUCAUAUGGAGAAUGUUUUGCCUUGUGCUGGUGAUUCAGCCGUGAGUGGGAGAGGUGGAAGGGGUGUAGGUGAAAGUACAUCCAGCAGAGACCAUAUGCCAGUAUAUGUCUGUGAUCUUGGGAGAGGUGGAAGGGGUGCAGGUGACGUUACAUCCAGCAGAGACAAUAUGCCAGUAUAUGUCUGUUAUCUAAGGAGAGGUGGGAGGGGUGCAGGUGACAGUGCAUCCAGCAGUAUAUUACUGUGAUCUAAGGAGAGGUGGAAGGGAUGAUGGUGACAGUACAUCGAGACAGAGACCAUAUGCCAGUAUAUGUCUGUGAUCUAAGGCGAGGUGGGAGGGGUGCAGGUGACAGUAUAUCCAGCAGAGACUAUAUACCAGUAUAUUACUGUGAUCUAAGGAGAGGUGGAAGGGGUGCAGGUGACAGUAUAUCAAGACAAAGACCAUUAGCGGUAUAUGUCUGUCAUCUAAGGAGAGGUGGAAGGGGUACAGGUGACAGUACAUCAAGACAGAGACCAUAUGGAAACAUAUGUCUGUCAUCUGAGGAGAGGUGGAAGGGGUGCAG